CUCUCUACUUGUGUUGUGUACUCACCAUGAACUGGUUCUGGAGUGUUUGUUUUGGAGUGACAGCAGUUGCAAUCAUCAUUAGUAACUCCUUGUCAAUUGCAGUUCUUGUCAAGCGAAGAUUUCGCAAACGUUCUCUUUACCUGUUAAUCGAUUUGGCAAUAGCUGAUCUGCUAGUUGGAUUAUUUGCAGUACCGAUUUAUAUGAUCACAGUCAUCUCUGAAGGCAAGCUCGUGCCACGAGUCGCUUUUGAUAGUGUCGAUAUGUUUACAGGUCUCUCCUCCAUUUUCACAUUGACUGUUAUUUCUCUUGAAAGACUCUUUGCCAUCAGUCGGCCACUUCGUCAUCGGCAGUUAUCCUCACAUAGCUACGCCAUUGACAUAGCAACGCCAUGGAUCCUCUCCCUCGCGGUGACUUCAGUUCGAGUGUUUCAGCACUAUUCAAUCGUGACAAAUCACCAGUUUUUAUCAGUUAUUAUUAUCAGUUUGUCGACUCCUUUGCUAAUAACGUGCACUUCUUACUGCGUCAUCUGGCGUAAGCAGACUUCCCGCAUACAUAACGGAGUAAGGGCGAGGAGAGAGACGAGGCUGUCUAAGACAUUGUUUUUGAUAACAGGAACAUUUGUGUUGACCUGGCUACCAUUCCAAGUUCUAGUAAUUCUAGUAAAUAUGUGUGUGCCGUGUAGGAAAAUCCACAGUGUGGUCGUUUUUGUACUUAAACUCCUUCAGUUCAGUAAUUCGUUUAUUAAUUUUUUGAUUUAUUGUCUAAGAAUGCCAGAUUAUAGAAAAGCUGUUUCACAACUAUUUUUCAUUCCAAAUGCCGCGGUUACUCCAAUAAUCCCGAGGUUAAUACGUUAGCCGAUAGCCGAACAAGUAUCGCACUUAUUCCCUUUUCAAGUAUACUGUCUUUAUAUAAUGUUCCAACAACCCAUGCCAUGAUUAAUCCAGCUGAUAUAGAGCAAUUGUGACGCUCGGAAAAAUAAGUAUCUCGCAGAUUUUUUUCGAGUUUGAUUUACAAAUAGCAACUACUGUGGUCAUGUUACUUGUUCACUGUUUAAAUAAAGUAAAAUUGCUACCGCGAUAUUUUGUUAUCUAACAUAUGUUUCAAGCGUUGGAUAAAUAUGAAGUAUUAAAUAACCGUUCACAGUUGGUUACCAUCUUGUGUCCUACGCCAUUUAAUAGGUCACUCCCUGGUUUUAGGGAAUAGGGGAACAUGGUCAAUUUUAGGAUACAAGGGAACAUACGCAUGGAACAUGCAUUUCCGGGGAAUCACGGGAACAAGACCCUCUGCAGGGUAGGCCAAACAAAGUCAAAAUAAACGGCGUAAAAGGUGCCAGUAUCUCGCGACGUUGUGUCUGCUCCUGUGACUUCAAUGAGUCAUCUGCAUUUGAUGCUUUUGAUGGAAUCCGGUUUGGAAUAUUUAAUAACAAGCGGGAGAUUCGAAAUCGCUUUGUUAAGAAGAUCCUGAUUUCCUUUAUCUCUCUGUUUCAUUGCGGAUUAAUAUGUCAUUCUAACAUUCCACUUUCCUGUUUGCUGAUCGAGAAAUUUAUCCGACCGUUCGAAGAGCUGGUUAAAGGUCUGAAGGACAGCAGUAUUGGAGCAGCAGACUAUGGGGCAAAAUUUGGUAAGGUUCCUGAUGUCAAGAACGUUGGCUGAAUCGACGUUCUCGAGAGACGCCUGGAAA